GUUCAAGAAGGAAGAGCAGUGACCAUUUCUGCACAAACACAAUCAUGUCCAAAGCAGUAGAAGCAGUCAAAGAACAAGUGGACGUCGCCAAGGCCGGCCUCCAAAAAGCCUCAAAUGCCGCUACAGGCAAACCCACAGGCAUCGACCUCUACUCCCGAUUCGCGCUUGCUGGUGCACUCUGUUGUUCCAUCACCCACGGCGCAUUGACACCUGUUGAUGUCGUCAAGACCCGUAUCCAGCUCGAGCCUGAAAUCUACAACAAGGGCAUGGUCUCUGGUUUCCGUACUGUCAUUGCAAAAGAAGGUGCAGGCGCUUUGCUCACAGGUUUCGGUCCCACUGCCGCUGGAUACUUCCUCCAGGGAGCCUUCAAGUUUGGAGGAUAUGAACUCUUCAAGAAGACCAUCAUUGACCAAGUCGGUGUUGAGACUGCUACACAGAACCGUACGGCCGUCUACCUCGGUGCAUCUGCCGUUGCAGAGUUUUUCGCCGAUAUCGCACUCUGCCCACUCGAAGCUACCCGUAUUCGUCUCGUCUCACAGCCUACAUUUGCAAAUGGUUUGAUUGGCGGUGCUGGUCGUAUCUUCCGUGAAGAAGGUCUCGGUGCCUUUUACGCUGGUUUCGGUCCAAUCUUGUUUAAGCAGGUGCCAUACACCAUGGCCAAGUUUGUGGUGUUUGAGAAGGCUAGUGAGGUGUUGUUCAAGUCUUAUGGAACACCCAAGGAACUCAUGUCUCCCUCCACCAUCACAGGUUUGACUCUGACUUCGGGUUUGAUUGCCGGUAUUGCCGCUGCCAUCAUCUCCCAGCCAGCCGACACAUUGCUCUCCAAGGUCAACAAGACACCCAAGGCACCUGGACAAUCGACCAGUAGUCUCCUUGUUCAGCUUGCAAAGCAGGCUGGUAUUGGCGGUUUGUUUGGUGGUGUUGGUCCUCGUGUUGUCAUGGUCGGUACAUUGACUGCCUUCCAGUUCGGUAUCUAUGGAUCUCUCAAGGAGGCGUUUGGCGCUACUGGUGGUAUUGAACUCGCCAAGUAGAGUAUUUUGCAGGCGUGCUUUUGAGUUGAGGGAUUUUCAUCAUAGAAGAAAGGAC